GGUUUACAGCAGAUAGCUAACUUCGUUUGAGUAUGAUUUGUUUGCGGAAAAUAACCUGACUCAAGUUGGCAGACUGUCUUCUUUAACUGAAGAUUGAUAGGAAUACUAGGCUGGAAACUUAGUCUACAUUGGGCUAGCUUGACAGCUGCAAAGCAGAAGGAAGAGGUAACCCAGCAUGACAAAACGCAUUGUUCCUCCACAGGAGCCAAGGGAUGCUAACAGGAGUUCCAGGAGGUUCCAUCAGCAAGGGCAGAAUGAUGUUUCGGAUCAUGUGGGCGGGCCGAGUAACGAAAGCUCAACUACAGUGGAGGAGAUUUAUCUUCCACCUCAACUAGGGAGCUCAAAAUGGCAACAGAGAAGAGCUACAGGCUGUGGGGCCAACCUGGGCUCAACAGGGAGGCUCACUGUGGACAUCAUCAGUAAUACAAACCUGGAGCGGACAGUGUCGGAGAGUAAAAGACGCCCCCACAAAAUGAACCUCCUGCACCGGUCGAGCACGGCCUUGUGCAAACUUGGACUGUCUCAGGCGGAGAUCAAAACGGAGAUAGACCAUGAGAAGUUGGAGCUGGUCAGAGACCUAGUGAAGAUGCCACGUCAGCCAAGAGCCCAGGCCAUACGAUCGCUGCCAGUGAGCUGUGACGAGAAGAGGGACAUUAGGAAUAGAGUGCUCCAGGCAAAGUUUUCCAAAGACUCUGUCAAGCGCACAUGUUGCACAGACUGCUCGGAGCAAGUCUCGCUGUCUUUACGCAGGUGGUGGCAGCACGUGACGGCCUGCAGGGGUUACCUGGCGCUGUGGCACGGCGCCCUGAAGGAGAUCGGCGGCCGCUUCGGCUCGGCCGUCCUCACCUACUUCUGCUUCAUCAAGUGGCUGUUCAUGUUCAACGUCUUCCUGCUGGCCUUCAACCUGAGCUUCAUCACCGUGCCCGAGAUCCUGCACAAGCACAACGGCACCGCCAACGGCAUCUUUGAAGGCCUGGACCUGCUCACCGCCGCUGGUUACUUUGAAAAGUCAGUCAUGUUUUACGGAGGCUAUAAUGGUGAGGUGAUAAAGACUGGCUCUUACGACAUGCAGCUGGCAUAUUUGUUAACCAUGUUCACAUACAUGAUGCUGUGUGGCAUAUCUAUUGUGUACCGUUUGGGUAAAUCGGUGUGGAAGAACGUGAUUGUUUAUAGCCCUGCCUCGGGUGGUGCGUGGCGUAUCUUGUGCAGCUGGGACUUCAGCAUCUUGAACGAGAAGGCCAUCCACAGCUUCCAGAAGAAGCUGUUUGUCCAGAUCAAGGAGUCCUUAUCAGAUACCACAGAGAAGACUUUGCUUAGUGCUUCAGACAGGCUGAGAAACGUCUCUCUCCAUCUUGCUGCAUGGCUGCUGUACAUCGGCCUGGCUUUUGUUUCCUGUACCGCUGUCUACUUUUUGUCCACGUAUAACCUAGAGCUUAUAAAGGUGGCACUGGAUGCAAGAGACCUGAAAUCUGAGGCCUUUUUUCUGCUUCUGCCAAGUCUGGUUUCGUUCAUCAACCUGGUGAUUCCUCUGCUCUAUGCAUUCAUUUCCCGAUUGGAAAACUACGAGAACCUCCGUGCAAAGCUGUACGCCGGCCUGGCCAGAGAUGUCUUGCUGAAGAUGUCGAUUCUAGGAAUCCUGUGUUACUACUGGCUGACUGACGUUCCCAGUAACCUCUCUUGCUGGGAGUCUUUUGUGGGUCAGGAUGUUUACCGAAUGGCCAUCGCUGACUUUCUGUUCAGCGUGCUGGGAUGCGUGUUUGGAGAGUACUUGGGCAGCUUGAUCGGAACCAAGUGUUUGAAAUCUCUUAAACCGCCAGAAUUUAACAUCACCAGAAAUGUUCUCGAUCUGAUCUAUGCCCAGACACUGGUUUGGUAA